GUGAGGACGGAAGGCGGAUACUAGCAAUUAAGGACGACCUCCAACUAAAGCUCAUGAAAAGUUCCGUGUUUCCGGAGCAGUUUCUGUACAAAGAAUACGAGGACGAUUUUGAGAUUCAACACCACCUGGAAGGUCGAGACCUGGAAAGGGACUUGUACCACGACUCUGAAAGGAUGGCGUCGCUCAUGGUGUCUACGGAAGGCGGACUUCGAGUGGAAGGAAUUGUCGGAAAGAACCUUCGUAUACGGCCACUUAAAAUUGAGGAAAGGAACUCUAAGGGCGUUGGAGGUCACUUGCUUUACGAGGUAGAAGAAAGAAUUCCUCAACAGGGAGACAUACUGCAUGCUCCAGGCCCAGAAUUCGAGGAAGGUUCGUCGGCAUUUACUAGAGGCAUACAUGUUGACGCUCGUCAGGAUCAAAGUCAAAUGCCAGAAACGAGUCCGGAAGUUGUGAUAGUGGUUGACACAGCUCAUCACAGAACAUUUACAGGGAAAGGAAACGAAAAGCGGGACAAGAUUAUCCGAUACUUUGGUAUCUUUGUAAACGCGGUGAAUCUAAAGUAUACAACUCUCGCGUAUCCAAAAGUGAAGAUUGUCUUAGCUGGAAUUUGGAGACACAACCGAAAAGAGGAGUCUCGAUACCUGAAACUUCACACGGAGAACCUUAUAAAUGCCUACUCAUCCAUGGCCAACCUCGCAAACUACACAAACGCGAAGAAAGAUGAAUUUGCAAUCUUCGAUCUUGUUGUACUCGUAACUGGGAGGGACCUUGUUCGCGUUUAUCAGGAUGGCCAGUAUUCUUCAAGCGUAUCAGGUCAAGCUUUUAUAGGAAGAGUAUGCGAUGCACAGUAUAAAGUUGGAAUUGUGGAGGACUUCCCUCAUACCUAUGAUGGCGUCCAGACAUUUGCGCAUGAAGUCGGCCACUUAUUGGGAUGCUAUCAUGAUGGUGAAGACGCCCCAAGUACUGUUUCAAAUCGUCCUGGAGCCAAAAACUGCCCGGCGUCUGAAAACCUGAUUAUGUCUCCAUAUUCAACGUUUAGGAACGUCCACAGGUUUUCGGUCUGUUGUGCUCAACAGAUGUGGCAUGUCUACCAGUAA